CCUGUUUUUCGCCAACGAAAGGCGAAAAGUUUGACAUCUAAAAAUUAAAAAGCGUUCUGUUUUGUGAAAACAGCAAUAUCAUUCUGCAAUUGUGAUAGCUCUACUCGUAAUUGUUCGAUAACGUAACAAAAUGGAAGCUUCGAUCAAAGAUGUUCCACAAAUGCCUGACAGCUUCAAGGAGUUCACCGGACAUGUUGCCCCACUGGAUGAAAGCUGUGCCGCCCAGCUGCAAACAGUUCAUCCCCUAAAAACAUCGGAACUUAGUUAUGAGCAGCGCCGACAGAACCUCAAUUUACAAAUGCUUCGCAAUCGUGAAGGCCUAGCUGCUCCACUGAAGCUUACGAUGGAACUCAAAUCGAUGGCUAGAGUGGGACAUCUGCCCUUCUUGCCAUCCACCAACGUGGGGCGGGAUGUAUUGACAGGGCGUGACGAGCUGAUCGACUUUACCGAUAUCUUCAACCUAGAGGAAAACACGGAAUUCCUGCGUCAACCACAUGCUGUCAUGGAGAAGAUUUUCGGCAUUCACUAAGGUAUUCUGUAACAAUUUGCUAUGCGUACAAUUCGUUGAAAUAAAACCGCAAAACUGCAUUUUCUCUUUGAAAAAUUCCACAA